AUGGCAAUGAUUGCCCCUCCAUAUCCUGGAUGCUGCUUUGUCUCUGUAUUAACCCUGAAUGUACUAAGAGAGAUAUCUUCAGUGCUCAACACCAAGGAAUCUGCUGAAGACAUGAUAUAUCCCAUAGAUAAAUUAACUAACAAAUGGGUAUUUGAAAUACAAGGCAAAGCAAUCAGUUCUGCUGCUCCGUGUAUUCAGAUUAUUUCUCAUGCUAUGUCUUCACUGGGGAUUCCCACAGGAUUCAGCUUUGCCCUGAAGAAUUGUGGAAUGAGGAUCACAGCAGAUUAUCACUGGAGCAAGGAAGCCAUUCAUCAGGAUCCCAUUAGUUCCUUUCCUAUGACUAUCUCACAUUGGCACCAUGCAGAUAAUAACUACUCCCACUUCCAACACCUUUACUUUGUCUUCACUGGAAUUCCAGGGCUCGAGCAAAAGUAUUACCGGAUGACAUUCCCGCUGGGUGCUGUAUAUGUUAUUGCCCUCUUUGGCAAUAGCAUCAUAAUCUCUACCAUCACGUCUGAAUCAUCUCUACAUAUCCCUAUGUACUACUUUCUGUGCAUGCUGGCUUUGGCAGACAUGGGGCUUGCCCUCUGUACUUUGCCCUCUAUGCUAGACAUAUUCUGGUUUAACUACAAGUCCAUUGCCUUUGAUGCCUGUCUUGUUCAGAUGUACUUCAUCCACACUUUCACAGCCAUUGAGUCUGGCGUGCUGGUGGCAAUGGCCUUCGAUCAGGCUGUGGCAAUCUGGACCCCUCUCAGGUACAGCACCAUUCUAACCAAUGGUGUGGUCUGCAAAACAGGGUUAGUCAUUUUGUCAAGGGCAGUCAGUGUUGUCUUCCCUGUGCCUUUCUUCAUCAAGAGGCUCCCCUUCUACCACUCCAACAUCCUCUCUCACUCCUUCUGCCUCCACCAAGACGUUAUGCACCUUGCCUGUGCCAGCACCCGCGUCAACCGUCUCUAUGGCCUCAUCGCUGUCAUCUUCACCAAGGGUUCUGACUCCCUCUCCAUCCUCCUCUCCUAUGUGUUUAUACUUCAAACAGUAAUGGCUAUUGCCUCAAGGGAGGGUUGUCUGAAGGCACUCAACACCUGUGUUUCACACAUCUGUGCUGUACUCAUCUUCUAUGUGCCACUCAUUGAGGUGUCUGUCAUUCAUCGCUUUGGAAAGCACCUGUCACCCCUGACUCAUGCCCUCAUGGCAAAUGCAUACCUUGUUGUAUCCCCUGUGCUAAACCACAUAGUCUAUACUGUGAAAACCAAAGAAAUACAAAGGAAGAUCUUCCAGAUGUUUGUUCAAACCAAGAUUACAGCAGAAGGUUGGAGUCUGCCUGUUUGA